UGGGAGCCCUUUGGGGUUUAUUCUCUUCCCUUCUAACUUGAUUAAGAAUGACCCAAAAGAAAUCAAAGCUUUGUUCCCGAGCCAAUGUGUAUACUCAAGUGCCUGAUGGAGGAUGGGGCUGGGCAGUAGCUGCUGCUUUUUUCUUCGUUGAAGUCUUUACCUAUGGCAUCAUCAAGACAUUUGGUGUCUUCUUUAAUGAUUUAAUGGACAGUUUUGAUGAAUCCAAUAGCAGGAUCUCAUGGAUAAUAUCAAUAUGUGUGUUUGUCUUAACAUUUACAGCUCCCCUCUCCACGGUCCUGAGCAAUCGUUUUGGACACCGUCUGGUGGUGAUGUUGGGAGGGCUGCUUGUCAGUAUCGGGAUGGUGACUGCCUCCUUUUCCCAAGAAGUUUACCACAUGUACAUCAGCAUCGGGGUCAUUUCUGGUUUGGGAUACUGCUUUAGUUUUCUCCCAACUGUAACCAUUCUAUCACAAUACUUUGACAAAAGACGUUCCAUGGUUACUGCCGUUGCGUCUUCGGGAGAAUGUUUUGCUGUGUUUGCUUUUGCACCAGCCAUCACGGCUCUGAAGGAAAGCAUCGGCUGGAGAUACAGCCUCCUUUUCGUGGGCCUAAUACAGUUAAACAUUAUCAUCUGCGGAGCACUGCUAAGACCAAUUAUCAUCAGAGGACCAGAGUCACCGAAAAUAACCACACAUGAAAAUCGGAAAGAAGUGCAAUAUAUGCUUGAAAAUGAGAAAACACGAACCUCAAUCGACUCCAUUGACUCAGGAGUAGAACUCACUACCUCACCUAAAAAUGUGCCUAGUCACACCAACACAGAACUGGAGCUGAAGACGGAUGUACCGCAGAAUCUGGUGAAGACCAGCUCCAAGCAAAGUGAUAAGAAAGUCCCGUUGUUAGACUUCUCAAUUUUGAAAGAGACAAGUUUUAUUUGUUAUUCAUUAUUUGGUCUCUUUGCAACACUGGGAUUCUUUGCACCUUCCCUGUACAUCAUCCCUUUGGGCAUUAGUCUGGGCAUUGAUCGGGAUCGUGCUGCUUUUUUAUUAUCUGCGAUGGCCAUUGCUGAAGUUUUUGGAAGAAUCGGAGUUGGUAUUGUCCUCAACAGAGAGCCCGUUAGGAAGAUCUACAUUGAGCUCAUCUGCGUCAUCUUAUUGACUGUGUCUCUGAUUGCCUUUACUUUUGCUACUGACUUCUGGGGUCUUAUGUCAUGUAGCAUAUUUUUUGGGUGCAUGGUUGGAACAAUAGGAGGGACCCACAUCCCACUGCUGGCUGAAGAUGAUGUCGUGGGGAUUGAGAAGAUGCCUUCUGCAGCUGGGGUCUACAUCUUCAUUCAGAGUGUGUCAGGACUGGCUGGACCACCCCUUGCAGGUCUGCUGGUGGACCACAGCAAGAUAUACAGCAGGGCCUUCUACUCCUGUGCAGCUGGCAUGGCGGUGGCUGCCAUAUGCCUUGCCCUGGUGAGACCGUGUAAAAAGGGACUGUGUCAGCAUCAUCGUUCAGGUGGAACAAAGGCAGAGAGCCAUCGUGGGAAAGCUUUACAAGACAUACCUGAAGACUUUCUGGAAAUGGAUCUUGGGAAAAAUGAACACAGACUUCAUGUGAAUCUCGAGCCAGUGUGA